CCAUACACCACUGGGAUCCAUCAGAGCCCCGGCCUCUGCGUGUGCCAACCUCGGGACAGGUGGGGUAGUACCCAUUCGUCGUCCCAAACCAAACCAUCGUGCAGGUAUGCCAGCCGACUAAAAAAGAGGGGAAGAGAGAGAAGAAGAAGAAGAAGAAGAAAGAGUAUCUUCAGCCCAUUUACCUUGCUUUUCUAGGGUGUUUCGCGUUCUUCCUUCCCGUCCGUCAAUUGCAGGUAGCAGCAAAGGACGGUAAACGAAAAACCCUAGAUAGGAAAUGAUAUCCCUUCCAUCGGCAAACGGGACAGCCUUCCCCAUGGACCCCAACCUAAGAAACCCUCUCCUUCCCACUCCCAAAAUCCCAAAUCCACCACCUUCCUCAUCCCAAACCCUCCCUCCCCUCGCCAAUUCCCAGCCCUUCCCUUCCUACCUCGACGUAGCUCCCACCCUCCCCCCAGCAGUCCUCUCCCUCUGCGAGAUCCUUUCCAAAGUCCCUGCCCUGGAAGUCGAAUCCGCCCUCACCCGAAGCGGAAUCCCUCCCUCUCCCCAGUACGUCGAGCAGGUCCUCAAGCUCUCUUAUGCAUCUCCUGCCUCCGCUGUUAAAUUCUUCCGAUGGGCCGGCCUCAAUUCCAAACACACCCCCCAUUCUUGGAACCUCAUGGUCGACCUCCUCGGCAAGAACCGCCUAUUCGAGGCCACGUGGGAUGCCAUACGCUCCAUGAAGCAGGAGGGCGUCCUUUCCAUGGCCACCUUCGCCUCUGUCUUCGGCAGCUACUGCGCUGCUGGCAAGUUCAAGGAAGCCAUCAUGUCCUUUGAUGUCAUGGACCGCUACGACGUCCCUCAGGACGUCGUCGCCGUCAAUUCCCUUCUCAGUGCCAUCUGCCGUGAGGACAAUCAGACUUCCAAGGCUCUUGAGUUCUUUGAGAGGAUCAAGGCCAAGAUCCCCCCCGACGCUGACACCUUCGCUAUCCUGCUCGAAGGGUGGGAGAAGGAAGGGAAUGUCACCAUGGCGAAGAAGACGUUUGGGGAGAUGGUCAUACGUGUCGGCUGGAAUACGGAUAACAUGUCUGCGCACGACGCUUUCCUGACAACCCUCGUCCGGGGGUCACAGGCUGAGGAGGCCGUCAAGUUCCUCCACGUCAUGAAGGGAAAGAACUGCCUCCCAGGUAUGAAAUUCUUUAGCAAUGCCCUUGACAUUCUCAUUAAGCUCAAUAAUGCCACCCACGCCUUGUCCGUGUGGGAAGUCAUGGUUGGUAGCGGCUUAGUUCCAAAUCUCAUCAUGUACAAUGCUGUGAUUGGUUUGCUGUGCAACAACAACGACAUCAAUAAUGCCUUCCGCUUCCUCGACGAGAUGCCCUUCAACGGUGCGUUCCCAAACUCUUUGACUUAUAACAUGGUUUUCCAAUGCCUCAUUAGAAACAGGAAGGUCCAUGAGGCUGCAAGCUUCUUCUCUGAGAUGAAGAAGAAUGAGUGGCUUCCGACGCACUCAAACUGCACUGCAGCCAUCAAGAUGUUCUUUGAUGGGUAUGACCCAGAAAUGGCAGUCGAGGUGUGGAACUACAUGAUCGAGAACCGGAUAUCCCCAAUGGAGGAGAGUGCAAACACGUUGCUCAUCGGGCUUCGGGAUCUGGAUAGGAUGUCUGAGGUGCGCAGAUUUGCAGAGGAGAUGCUCGAUAGAGGGAUUGAACUGUAUUCCGACACAAUGGGGAAGUUGAAAAAUGCUUUCAACAAGGCGAGGAUGCUGGAUGCUUAUGACCGCAUCGAGAGGAGGUGGAAGGGCCGUUAAAACUAAAUAUGCGACUGAAACUAAUAUGUUUUGGAAUAUUGGAUACACUCAUUUUUUCUUUCUUCUCCUUCUGGUUCUUCUUUUAUAUGAUGUUUUCUGAUUGUACAGAUGAGAUGCAGACAGAAGGUGGGACAAAAGGUGUUCAGUUACAGGCAGGGCAUUGCAAAUUUUCCCAUUUUUUAUUGCAAGUUCGUCAUUCUCCAUUUGCAUA